AUGGUGCCGGAAGUAGAAUCGGGAAACCCGGUGCUCGCGUCUGCCGUCACUCGGAUGGUGUUCAAAAAAGGCCGUAUGACCGUUCCACCAGCCGAUGCACUCAAAGCCUGUGGGCUCUAUCCAGGGAGGGCUCGGGAGCCGGACACGCCGCUAUCUUCCGAAUAUGCUUCAUCAAAGCCUCCAUCUCCUCGUACUUUAGCUGGAACUGGUAGUGAACCACCAGUGUUAUCUGCUAAGGGCACAAACCUAACAUAUGGCGAAAUGGAAAGUCGGAGGAGAGCUGCUUUGCCCAUUGUCCAGCUUCAGAACGGCUGGGAUGCGGUGCACAGUCUGUUCCAGACCGAGCCUUACGUCUUAGCAAGGCACAAGGACUUUCUAUGA